AAAGAAGAAAGAAGAAAAAAAAAUCAAAACACAAAAAAAUGUCGAAUAUGAUGAUCAUCGAGAAUCAACUAAGAUCUAUAAGUUUACCUUCAAGAUCGCAUCCUAGCACGACAGGGAUUGAGGAAGCUCUUACCAAGGUUAAAGCGAUUAACACCACGACGGGCUCGUCAGAAUCAAUCUUGAUGGCUUUGGCUAGUUUGGAGGAGCUCUAUAGUUGUACGGAGGAGUUUCUAAAAAUGGGUUCGACGCAGCGUGUUAUGUCGUCUUCUGAUGCAUCGGAGUUUAUGGAGGAGAUGCUUGAUGGGUCUUUGAGGCUAAUGGAUACAUGCAGCGUCUCUAGAGAUCUUAUGGUGGAGAUUCACGAACAUGUUCGUGGUGUUCAAUCAUGCGUUAGACGCAAGAAAAUAGCCGGAGGAAUUGAUCAACUCGAUGUAGCUAUCUCCGGCUAUGUCGGGUUUAGAAAGAACAUGAGAAACGAAGCUAAGAAGCUUAUUGGAUCCUUGAAGAAAAUCGAUGGAGGGUCGUGUCCAGCGUCGGGGGUAAGUAAUGGUCAACAGGAUGAACAUCUUUUGGCGGUUAUUGAUGCGAUGAGACGAGUAGUUUCCGUUAGUGUCUCGGUGUUGAAGUCGUUCUUGGAGUUCUUGUCCGGACGACAAAGUAACAUUAAGAGAAAGCUGGCUUCGGUACUAAAGAAAAAGAAGGAUCUUCGUGAGGAGACCAAGAACGAGUUGGAGAGUUUGGAUUCCGCGAUAUGUUGCUCUCGUGAUGACCUGCAGAAUAAGCUUGGGGAGGUCGAGAUGAGUAUUGAUGGAUUCGAGAAGCAUCUAGAAGGCUUAUUUCGAAGGUUGAUAAGAACACGAGCCUCAAUUCUCAACAUAAUCUCUCAUUAGAUUAAAAAAAUUAUGCAUGUAAUGUACUUUCGUAGGCAUUCAACUUUAGAGAAUUGGCCUGAUGGAUACAUUAUAGACGCAUAAAUAAAAUUUUGUACACUGAUUAAACAGAAAGGUAGAGACAACUAAAUUUGUGAAAAUAGAUACGAUAUUGCACUUUUAUAUAUACAAAGCCUUUGUGUGAAAAAUGUUGGUUUAGGAUUUACUAGCCAUUGAUCGGUUAAUCAGCAGUUUUUAAAUGCAAGGGUAUGAAUUCACUGACUGAAAACGUGCAUGCAUUAUCGCUGCUGAAUUUUAUGCAUGAUACUUUAUGUAUUAUAGCAUCAAGUAUGAAUGCGUCUAACAUGUUGAUAUUAGUAGCUAAAUAAAUACGUCAAUUGUAGUGAAUAUUUUUUUAACCUGAGUAUUGUUCGAUCGAUAUUUGCGUAUUUAGUUGGGCCUAGUUUGCAAUAGACAUGAACCUUAAUGGCAUGGUCCAACUCCAAACCUACAUGCACCAUGACACUUAUUCUCUUUGAACAAUUUCUACGGCUUCUGUCUUUAUAUGUUCAUCAUCACAUUGUUGAAGACUCCCAAAUUAAUUUCCGAACUCUUUCUAAUGAGAUUGCACCUCCUAAUUGGAUUUCUCGUAAUUUUUCACUUUCAUGGCUCUCAUAUAUUAAAAUUUAAAACCGUCAAAAUUUGUUAGUUUUUUUAAGUUUAAACCGGUUAAGUUACUAAUUUUUACCAAUAAAAUUUGAAGACUAUUAAAUACUUUCCAAAACUCAAACCAAAAGGAUAAACCUGAUCAAUGGGAAACCUAAUGUACACUCCUAAAUUCAUGGUAACAUAAUUGCUGACGUGUGCCGGUGUUAUUUAAGGGAAUGGAUAUCUUCAUAUACAUCUCAUUUAAAUAAUGAAACAAAAUCUUUCAAAAUCUUUUAAUUUAAUUCAAUCGAGGUUGAGGUACCCACACACAAAAGAAAAGUAAUAAAAAGAGCAUUGUAUUUGUAACCUUCAAAAGAAAUAUAGAGGAUAAAAGUAAUUAAACAAUGACAAUAAUAUUAAAGAAUCGUAUAUGGACGGUGGCUUCGGUGCAUGAAAAGUGGUGUGAAAUAAAGUUUUGGUUUUAGUAACCGAAACCGAAACAUCGAACUUCGACAACGAUUUCAACUAAAAUUCAAACACAAAGCAUUAAAUGAGCUUUGCGUGU